AUGUUUGCCCGGAGACAUUCCAGACAAUUUCUUCUUGAUACAGUUGACAGAGGAGCUGAGUUUGUGGAGAUCCUGAAGACUAUCUAUCCCAAGGCAGGCUGCCUUCACCAGGAGGACUUUGACUGGCUCUUUGACUGUCCCCAAACAGAGCAGUUUCUUGAGUGGUUUUGCAACACAGUGGGUGAGGAGAACGUAUUGGACUCCAAUGAACUGGAAAACUAUGAGAAACUGGUCAUUUCUGGAAAGCCUGUUCUUGAAGGGGAAGCGUUGGAGGAGGUGUUGAAGAUCUACCCCCAAUCCUCGGAGCUAAAGGGUGCUCCACAAGAGAAUGAAGCCAUGUCCCUUGAAACUCUCAAACAAGAGAUGCAGUCACUGAAGAGCCAACGUACCUGUUGCAUAAAGCGGCACAACAAGCUUCAGGCUUGUUUAGGCAGCUUGAAGCAAGAGAUCUGUUGUUCAAUAAAGAAGAAAGAGAAAGGUAUCAAAGAGCUGGAAAAGACACAUCUAAAGCUGGAGUUAGAGAAUUAUCAGAGCAAUGAUGUUCUCAGCCAGGUCUGUAAGACAGCAAAGGAGCUGUUUCAGUGGCACACAGACCCUGGAAAUGAGCGAAUGAGAACAUCCAUGGCUACAGCAGACCUGAGACAUUACCUAGAAUCAGAAGAAACAACCACAAAAGCAUUUUCAGGAUACCUUUCAAAGAUUAUGCCAAGUAUUAUUCAUGAUAUGGAGGCUAAUAAAAUUGUUCUGGUAAAGAAGCAGCAGGGAAGCACCUGGGAAGACCUGGAUACAGAUACUAUAGCAAGACUAGCUCAGGGAGGGCUAUUACAAGACAUGAGCAUAACCAGUAAGGAAGAGCCUGAAGAUCAUACAACAAUAACCACAAGUGUGCUAAAAAGCCAUGUACUUGCUGAAGGACAGCUGGCUAGAAAAAAUGAAGCAAAGUUUAGUCAGAAAGCCCUGUCAGAAGAAAUGGACAAGCCAAAAACAGAAGGUUUCAGAUCUUGGGGCCUAGCUCAGAAUAGUUGUCAAGGAGGGCUGAAAGAGACAAAAGUUGAUGAAAAGGAGCAUUCUGAAGGAAACAACUUGGACACCUAUCAGGAAGAAUUGGGGCGCAUGGAGUUAGCUUACAUGCAGAGCCAGAUGGCAGUAGUGAUGACCUCUGCAAAAGUGAAAGGAAUUUCAUCCUCUUUGCAAUGGGCAGUGAAGGCUUUGAAGACUGUUAAAGAGAAGAAGGUGGAGGAAGACAAAGGAAAACUAUGCCUUCACAUAGCCAAUUGCCAGGAGCAGCUGUGCAUCCUCCAAACUGAGGUAGAACAGGCAAAGAUGCAACAGCUUGUGCCUCUGCUUCAGGGCAGUGCCCGCCUUCUUCGCUUGCCUAUAGUAAGUGGGGAACUUGACUUAGAAACCUUCAGACUUGAACGUCUUGAGCUGAUGCAAGAGGAAGCUGCUAGCCAAACGGUGGGCCACCUGAGCCAUUUGGAGCUGCUGAGAUUUUUGCUAGUGCUGGAGAAGAAGAAUCUGCAACAGAUGGGGACUUUGUUGAAGGAGAUGUUGAUGAUCCGGAAUGGGUUGUUCUCAAAGUUACAGGACUGGCAAUCCUGCUUUGAAGAUUCGAGGUUCUCCAUUAAGCAAUGUCCACGAACUCUGAUAGACCCCAGUGAUUUCACCACAUUACGGCUGUGGGAGAUGUUGGACAAGCACAGUCAAGAGAAGCAACUCUUCCAUUCCUAUGAGACCCUAGCAAGUCGAGCCUCACGACUGUGGCAGCAACUAAGGAUGCUCCAAGUGCAGCUAGCCACACCACUCACCCAGCUUCCUAAACUGGAGUCUGAAAACAAGGUCCUGCACUGCCUGAUGUAUGGUGACUCCAAACAGCUAAUGCUUCAUGCACAGGAACUUUCAGAACCUUUGGAGCAGCUCAGCAUCACACAUGCCAAACUCUACCAAAUGCUAAUGGACACCCUGAGUGACUUGAAGGUCAAACGCAAAUCCCUACAGAGCCACUUUCAGAAGAUUGAACGCAGCCUCUACAUGCACUUCUUCAAAAACCCAGACCAUCUGAAGGAGCUAGUAGAAGAAGCUGAGAAGCAGACAAUGGCAUCUUCAUAUGUGUAGAUAUACUGUAGUCAAUACCAGAACACAGGAGUAGUUGGGUAGGAAACAAGUGUGAUGGCUUGCUCCAAGGAUACUCAUUUUAUCAUAAUUUGAAUUGGACAGUAAGGUCUUUGACAUUUUCUUAACAGCAUAAACUUUCAUCUGCUUACAUGUCCUUUCUGCAGAUUAUCACUUGUCUUUUGGAUCCUAAGAAUUUAUGGACCUCAACUAUGAUGUAUUCAAAUGUAAACAGCAUUAAAGAGUCGGUUUGGGAGAUGAUACCAGUUACCAUAUGAUGAUACUAGGGGAAAGACUUUUAAAUCAGUCUCCAUUCAAGUUUGGAUGACAGGGUGGAGGUAGUGUUGGCUGCACAGACUGAGACACAUUGGGUAGAAUGAAAGAUAUAGUUUGCAUUUCUAACAGAUAUAACACACUUGUUUUACAUUUUUC